GUUCCAAUUCCAAAGUCAGCUCUAGCGGGAGAAGCCAUAGAAAGGAAGAAAAUCCCGAGCAAAAAAGGAAACUACCGCAACGAUGACAAAGUUGUCCCUUCUGGCAUCCUCGGUGCUGCUGCUGCUAGCAGCCGCGCACGUCGUUUCGUCCGGCAGCCGUCAGCGGCGCAAUGCACAGAUCGUCGGCGGGUUUCUGAUCGACAUACGGGACGCACCGUACCAGGUGGCGCUCCUGCACAACGGGCGCUUCGAUUGUGGCGGGUCGAUCAUAUCGGAGAACUGGAUCAUGACGGCGGCCCACUGUACGCACGGAAUCCCAACCCGGGAGCUGUCGGUGCGGGCCGGAUCGGCCAUGAAGUACCAGGGAACCGAUAUCCAUCGGAUCGAAUCGAUCAUUCCGCACCCGGACUACGACCCGGAAACGACCGAUUACGACUUUGCGCUCAUCGAGCUGGCGACUCCGAUUGAGCUCGACGGGGACACGAAGGAAGCGAUCGCCCUGCCUGAAGAGGACGCCGAGGAUCCGGCGGAAGGAACCCGGGCCAUGGUGUCCGGCUGGGGGGCAACCCGAGACCGCCACGAAACAAACCGCAUCCUGCGCGCCACCUUUGUGCCGAUCCUCGCCCAGGACGACUGCGUCCGUGCGUACGAAUCCAUCGGUCUUGGAUCGCGGAUCACCGAGAGCAUGAUUUGCGCCGGGUACCGGGCCGGUGGCCACGAUUCCUGCCAGGGUGAUUCCGGUGGCCCGCUCGCCGUCGACGAUGUGCUUGUCGGGGUCGUCUCGUGGGGUGGCGGAUGUGGCCGCCCGGGCAUUCCCGGUGUUUACGCACGCAUUUCGGUCGUCCGCGAGUGGAUUCGUGAAGUGAGCCAACUCUAGUGGCCACGCUUUCGCUUCCGAUAAAAUAACCAUAACUUAUUUGCAACCCGAA